UAGCUUUCAAACAACAUUUUCAUUUCUUCUCUUAUUACUCAUUCAUUAUCUUUAACUUCAACAUAUUAUUCCUUCCUUUCAUCUGUAGAGAAGAUGGAAUCUGGAGAUGAUCCCUUCUACAGCUGCAUAAAUUGCAAAAAUCCUCUUGCUUUCUUUAGUGAUCUUCUUUCAACAUCUUAUAAGGCAAAGUCAGGGCAGGCCUAUUUGUUCUCUCAUGCGAUGAACGUUGUGUUGGGACGCAAAGAAGAUAAACAAAUGCUCACCGGUCUAUUCACCAUUGCUCAGAUCAAUUGCAGUAAGUGUGGUGAGCCGUUGGGUUGGAAGUAUGUGACUGCUUAUGAUAAAAAACAAAGGUAUAAGGAAGGCAACUUUAUUCUUGAGAAGCUCAAGAUUUUCCAAGAAAAUUAAUGACUUGUCUUUUUUAAGAGGCAAAAUUACUGUCUUAAUUAGAUUUUACUAUGACUGGUUUAAAAUAACAUUGUAUACUUCUAAUAGAUAAAUGGUAAGUUGUUGGUAUAAUUUUAGUUUA